GUAGCUGCCAGUCAAGCCUCGGAAAACGUUAGUGCGCCGUUUGGUAAAGGGGAAGAAGCACCAUGCUGCGCACCGUGAUCACCAGGACUCUACCCCAGCUAAGCAGCCGACUGUCGGCCUGUCACUUCUCUGCUGCCGCUAUCCCAGCCCCCAACAGUCAGCCGGAGGUCCACUUCAACAAGCUUUUCAUCAACAAUGAGUGGCAGAAUGCAGUGAGUGGGAAAACUUUCCACACCAUCAACCCGGCGACUGGAGAGGUGAUCUGUGAGGUGGCAGAGGCUGACGAGGCUGAUGUGAACAAGGCAGUGAAAGCAGCACAGGAUGCCUUUAAGUUGGGGUCACCAUGGCGGCGGAUGGAUGCCUCACAUCGUGGUCUGCUCCUCAACCGGCUCGCUGACGCCAUUGAGAGGGACUCCGCCUACCUCGCUGAGCUGGAGACUCUUGACAACGGAAAGCCAUACGCUGUUGCUUAUAUGGUGGAUCUGCCCAACGUGGUCAAAUGUCUCAGGUACUAUGCAGGCUGGGCCGACAAAUGGGAGGGAAAGACGAUCCCAAUCGAUGGAGACUUCUUCUGCUACACCAGACAUGAACCCAUUGGGGUCUGUGGACAGAUCAUACCGUGGAACUUCCCUCUGCUGAUGCAGGCUUGGAAACUUGGCCCUGCCCUCGCUACGGGAAACACCGUGGUGAUGAAGGUUGCAGAGCAGACACCGCUUACAGCACUCUACGUCGCUAACCUCAUCAAAGAGGUGGGUUUCCCUGAAGGUGUUGUGAAUAUCCUGCCCGGUAUGGGGCCAUCAGCUGGAGCCGCCAUCGCUCGCCACAUGGACGUUGACAAGGUGGCGUUCACUGGCUCCACAGAGGUGGGUCACCUGAUCCAGCAGGCGUCAGGCAGCAGUAACCUGAAGAAGGUCACUCUGGAGCUCGGAGGAAAGAGUCCCAACAUCAUCCUGUCUGAUGCCAACCUGGAGGACGCCGUGGAGCAGUCCCACUUUGCUCUCUUCUUUAACCAGGGUCAGUGCUGCUGCGCUGGCUCUCGAACCUACGUCCAGUCCGAAAUCUAUGACGAGUUUGUGGAGCGGAGCGUGGAUAGGGCAAAGAGACGAGUGGUGGGAAACCCGUUCGACCUAAAAACGGAGCAGGGGCCCCAGGUGGACCAGGAGCAGUUCAACAAGAUCCUGGGUUACAUCAGCAGUGGGAAGAGAGAGGGCGCCAAGCUGAUGUGUGGAGGAGGCGUGGCUGCAGACCGCGGGUACUUCAUCCAGCCAACCGUGUUUGGAGACGUCAAGGACAACAUGACCAUCGCCAGGGAGGAGAUCUUCGGCCCUGUGAUGCAGAUCCUGAAGUUUAAAGAUCUGGAGGAGGUGGUGAACAGAGCCAACGAUACUAAAUACGGCCUAGCAGCGGCUGUGUUCACCAAAGACAUCGAUAAGGCCAACUACGUGUCCAACGGGCUGCGAGCAGGAACCGUCUGGAUAAACUGUUAUGACGUGUUCGGGGCUCAGGCUCCGUUUGGAGGAUAUAAGGCUUCAGGAAACGGCAGAGAGCUCGGAGAGUACGGCCUGGACAACUACACUGAAGUCAAAACGGUGACCAUGAGGGUACCACAGAAGAACUCGUGAGCGUGAGCAGCGAACGCCAUCAGACUCCAUCAAACUGCCAAGUCCCUACUGAUUUAACCUGUGAACAAACAUAAUAAGACAAUAAUCACAUUAAUUUGAGCAUUAAAAACUUUUUUACUGUGAAACCCCUCCACACAUCCCCUCAUAUGUUAAAAAAAAAAAGAGAGUCUCUGUUCAUAAUCAGACUCCAUGUAUCUUUAAUUUUCAGCUGUGUUCAUGGACAUUAUAAAAGCUAUAUCUUUCUUAAUAAAUGCUUUUGGUGCA